CAAGUUAGCAUGUGACACGACCUGCCACAAGAGCUACAUAAACAACUAAUAAUGACAACAACACUACAAGAACAAACAACCGACAGGCUUUAAAACCGACACGUUUGUGUGAAGAAUCAGAAUCAGAAGGAGCUUUAGUGUGACUACAGAGAAUUAGUUUUAGUUGCCACAGGCUUCAGUAACACAGAGACGAUCAAAAACAAGGCUCCCAUCGUCAAGAGAAAGGACUAGCAUGGCGGACUCUCAAGGCCACUCCAGCGUCCCAAACGGUGGCGCUGAUGAUCCAGAACCAGAAGAGGGAAGAGGCAGUAAAGGAGACUCUGCCUCAGCUACAGACGAUCAGAUACGUCCUGAUUCAGAAUCGAGCCCACAGCAGGAGCAGCCAGCUGCAGAAGAGGGAGAGGAAGAAGAGGAAGAGGACACAGACAGUAUGGACGGCAGCCUUAUGUACUCUUUUGUGGACGAGGAAAACAAACAUGACGGCGAGGGCGGCGGGCGAAGAGAGCGAGCAAAGAAAGACGAGAGCAGGAGAGCAGGCCGGAAGCGGAACAGACCUACGUCACGCCACUCCUCCAGCUCAGACGACGACGAUGAUGACGACGACGACGACGAUGAUGAAGACGACGAUAGAGAAGAUGAAGAGGAGAAUGAAAAGGAAGAAGAGGAAGACAUGGAGGCCUGGCUUGGGGCAGAGGUAAAGGAAAUGGGCGGGCUUAAAUGGCGUGCGGUGCCAUCUCUGCGGGCACGGGAGAUCGGGAAGAACUCGGCUCAGUUUGCGCGGAGCGUUUGUGGCUCUCGAGGCCUGGUACAGCGUUUGGAGCUGCAGGCUCGGCUGGAGCGGCACAGCGGCUGCGUCAACACGCUCCACUUUAACCCCUCCGGGACGCGCCUCGCCUCGGGGAGCGAUGACCUGCGUGUGGUCAUCUGGGACUGGGCGAGACGUCGCACAGUGCUCGAGUUUGACAGCGGACACAAGAGCAACGUCUUUCAGGCAAAGUUUCUCCCUCACAGCGGCGACUCCACACUGGCCAUGUGUGCCCGCGAUGGGCAGGUCAGAAUAGCCGAGCUGUCGGCCACGCAGCGCUGCAAAAGCACAAAACGAGUGGCUCAGCACAAAGGUGCUGCACACAAGCUGGCUCUAGAGCCUGAUUCACCCUGCUGUUUCCUCUCCACUGGAGAAGAUGCUGUUGUUUACAGUAUUGACCUGCGGAUCGAUCGACCUGCCAACAAACUGGUGGUGGUGAAGGAAAGCGACAAGAAGGUGGGUUUGUACACCAUCUACGUGAAUCCGGCCAACACGCAUCACUUCGCCGUCGGAGGAAGAGAUCAGUACUUAAGGAUCUACGAUCAGAGGAAGAUCAACGAAAACGACAACAACGGUGUUCUGAAGAAGUUCUGUCCAUCUCACCUGGUGUCCAGCGAAUCCAAAACAAACAUCACCUGCUUAGUGUACAGCCAUGACGGCUCAGAGCUGCUUGCGAGUUAUAACGACGAAGACAUUUAUCUGUUCGACUCGAGCCAUAGCGACGGCGCAGAUUAUCGCCGGAGAUACAAAGGACAUCGCAACAACGCCACAGUGAAGGGUGUGAACUUCUACGGGCCGUGCAGCGAGUACGUAGUGAGCGGAAGCGACUGCGGACACAUUUACCUGUGGGACAAACACUCUGCCCGUGUGGUGCAGUUCAUGGAGGGCGACAGAGGCGGAGUGGUGAACUGUUUAGAGCCCCACCCUCACCUGCCUGGUCUGGCCACCAGUGGCCUGGAUCACGAUGUAAAACUCUGGGCUCCGACCGCAGAGAACCCCACCAACCUGAAGGGCCUCAAAGAGGUGAUGAAGAAGAAUAAGCGCGAGCGUGACGAGGACAGCGCUCGGCACGGCGAACAGUACGACACGCAGCUCCUCUGGUUCCUCAUGAGACACAUGAGGAACCGCAGGUCUCUCCGAACUCAGAGCCGACACGGAGAAGGCGGAGACGGAGACACCGACACGGAAUUCUGGAGCACGCCUGAAUCUUCCGACGACGAGGACGGAGGCCCUGACCACGUCCAGUGCAUGUCCUCCUGAGCCAGCCCCUCGCCCCUACACACACACACACACACACACACACACACACACACACUCACACUGUUGAAAUGUAUUUGAGCACAUACACAGUCCUUAUGCACUGACACACUGCGAGUACAGCGCCAGCAACACACACACACACACACACAGAGUGAGGAAGAGAUGAAACGAAUUUGUCAUCCCACACACAUACAUGCAGAUUUCAGCUCAUUAACACUCCCUUUCUCUCCCCCCCACACACACACACACUGUUUCCACAGAAGCAGCUUCACUUUACACACUGGAGUGGUCGAGGACAAUUAAGGCUUUUUGCUGACAUCGUGGACCCCGACAGAGGAGCGUUCAGCGAUGAUGACGUUUGACCGCGUGCUGCUUCUUCAGGCCCUUCAUUUUUUCCGAAGAGCCUCCGUCACCACGCAGUGUUUCACUCUGACACGGAAAAGAACCGCCGUCCCAGCAUCCCGUCUUUCCUUGUGUUUUUCUCUACUGAGAACAGAACUCGGCAAAUCCAAGCGUUUAACAGGUUUGCUGGCCGCUCUGUGGAUUCCUCGGGCUCGAUCCCGACGACUCCCUCUUGGACACUUGAUGGGAGUGUAGAAGCCAUGUUUAAUCCCCUGAGUAGUGCACUUAGCGAAUCCUACACGAACACCGUCAAAUAGUUUCUACACCACGUAGGAGCUGCAUGCAGCCAGCGAGGAUCGCGUCUCGAGUCGACGACGUACGCUUUGUAGCGCGCUUGCUUGCCUAGAGAGCCGAUUCAGAACCGAGGGGACGUCCCACACCCUAUGUAGUGCACCGUGAGCAGCAUUUAUGCAGCUAGUGUUGGAUCUCAAACGGUUAAAGUGGUGCACUACUGAGGGUGUGAGCGCACACAUAUUGGGUUUGUUUUGUUUUUUCCUAACAGGUUUAUGAGCUGUAUCCCAAAUCAACAUCUUUGUAGUUUGUAGUGCACUAAAUAUCAUUUUAUGCCCAAUGUAAGCAGUGCACUAAUAUGAUGACGUGAUGGUUUGGCUUGUUAUCAGACACGUCUUUACACCUUAUAGAGCUGAACCCUAACUGGAUCUGUAGUGCACUAAAUAGGGCAAUUGUGGGUUCCUUGUGUUGUUGGGUUUUUUCUUCCUUUUCAGAGACACAGUUAUUACGUAGUGUCGUUAUUUUCUAUCUUAUGUCGCGUCCCUGAGCCACGCGGGAGCUGAAAGACGCACCGAUAACUAAUGAACACCGCAGCGCACCACACAGGGCCGAGGAACCGACGUUCGUGUGAACUAGAGAUGCGUUUGGAGAUGAACUCGUUUCUCAGCAGGACAAAGCGAACCGGCCUCGUCCCAAUCCUACGUCUCGUUCCCCUCCCCCUCCCCCAUGCUUAGUGAGUGCACAUUAAUCAGGGAGCUGUUCAUUUUUGAGUCUCGAAAUACGCGUGUGCACUUAAGGCUUUCAAUAUCUAACAGGUUUAAACCCCCCCCCUUUUUUUUCCUUUCCUUUUACACUUGUUUUCUUUCUCCAUCCAACUGGGGAUUAAAGAUUUAAAGAUUUGGUACUAAAUUUAUUUGCACUUGAAUGGAAAAAUACGGAUGCGAGCUGCUCUGAAAAAGCGGCGUUAUUCCUUUAAAAACAGAAAAAGAAAAACAAACAAAAAAAAAAAGCUCUGCAUUAAUACACCCCUUUCUUCCUCUUUGAAGUGUGCAUGCAUGCGAGAAAGAUUGUAGCACAGCCGUCGCUCUAUUUGGGACGGAGCCCGUCGAUAAUCGUAGCGGCGGAUCGCUUUUUGUUUUGCGUCGUUUAAAAAAAAAAGUUUCAGAUCUUUCAAGUAGCGACGGCUUCAUGGCAGAUUACGACAGUGUGACGUUUUUACUUGACACGUGUAACUUUUUACCCCCCCCUCCCAACCGGGUUGGUUCUUGUACAGAGCCGGUCGUAAACGUCGGCAGUGACGUCGCCGUGGACUCGAGAACCGCCGACCUUUUUAUUUCCCUCAAUCUAACGGCGGAUUUAGAGGAAAGUGGCGAUCUGCAUGCAGCCCGUCUCGUCCUACAGGGCUGUGUGCUAAAUAGCAGACUAUCUGGUGUACCAUUUUCACAGAACGUUUCAGUAGCUAUCGUGCUAUCCACGAUCGGACGCAACCCAGGGGUCGGGGAUGGGGAUGAGGAUGAGGUGGGGGGGGGGGGGUGUUCUGGAUGUUACCUUGAUUUUUUUUUUUUCUUUUCACCAGGGGAAUGAACAGUUUUUGCUUUUUUUUUGUAUGGGGAUUAAUAAUUGAAAUGACUUUGUAUGUACAUAUGAAUAUAUAAUUACGUAUAAAUAUAUAUACAUAUAUAUUAAAAAGAAAAAAAAAACCUACACUUCCGACACCGUCAUCCGAAUUUGAUUCAGAGAUUUAUAUUAUAUACAGAAAAGAGAUUUUUUUUUUCCCUCCUUCUCUGAUUGAAACCUUAAAGUCACGAGCAUCACUUAUAAACAUCUAGAUUUUUUUUUUUUUUUUUUUGCUUUAUUUCUUCUCAGAAAAAUCCUCUUAAUGUCAAGAGCGUCACUUUUUUUUUUUUUUUCUUUUUUUCUCUCUCAAAUUUUUAAGUUAUUCUUUCUUUCCUCCGUAACAGCUUUAUCGUGUAAUUUUAAACAGUUUUGUUGCUUUGUUUUUUUUUUCUUCCUGGAUUUUUUUUGAUUGACUUAUUGCACUGCUGCCUAAUACCUGUUAUUGGUUCAGUUGACAAAACGUGUACAACUUGUGCACACACACAAAAAAAAAAAGAGAGAAGGCUGUUUAUGAA